CAAUUAUUUAAAAUUGACGUUAACCCUUUUUAUGUGAAUUUAUAAAUAAUCAAAAAUGUUGAAUAUAGUAAUUAAAUAUCAUUGCUGCAAAGAAACAUCGAGUUUUAUGAGAUUAUUGAAUAAAAACAGGUCGAUAUUCGGGCCACAGUCAUCGAUUGUGGGUUGCAAUUUUCUGAGAUAUAAAGGAAUUUGUCCUCCCGCAACGUCAGGGCCUGGUGCAGCCAAAGGCUCAGGUCCUGGAAAGGGCGCCAAACAUAAGAUAACAUAUCAACCUUACACCGCGCCGCCACCAACGUGCCAUGAUUUUAAAAAUAUGAGUUUAAACCGCCCUAUGUCUCCACAUCUAACGAUUUUCGCUCCCACCCUACCCGCUAUGACAUCCAUUGUUCAGCGCAUUACAGGCAUGAUAAUAACGUUUUACGCUCUCCUCCUAUCCUCUGGAAGUUUGUUCCUGUCGAACGGCGUAGAAACAUACGUGUCUAUUAUCCAGAGCUUUGAUUUUUCCUUACCUAUGGUAUUUAUUAUUAAGAUGAUGUUAGGUGCGCCGUUUGUCUAUCAUUAUUUCAACGGUAUCCGUUUCGUUAUGUGGAAUGCUGGUAAGUGGUUGUCCAUCAAAGAAGUUUACGAUUCAGCUAAGAAGAGUUUUGUUGCGACAGCCGUAUUAACAUUGCUUUUCUCCAUAAUUUAAUAAUUUAAUUCUCUCAAAUUGUUUUUUCUCAAAUUAUACACUAAAUACAAGAUUCAUAUAAGAUUACAUUUUUUUUUCAUAUGGUUAUGUGAAUGUAUUAUGAAUUGUCUGCUUUUUAAUAGAACUGUUCGCUUAAAAUAAUUUUUAGUAAAGAUUCACAUACAUUUUUUUCGCUAAAAUUAGAAGUCGUUAUAGAAGUUGUGUGAAUUGGUUUCAAUAUUAUGUAUUUUUCUAAUUAUAGCUAUAUAAAAUAUGAAAGAGCUGUCAUUAAAAAUCUUUUAUGCUUUUAA